AUGGCAAGCUUGACCAAGUCCUGCGACAAAAUCAUGAACAGUCAAUUCGACAAGCCAGGGGCGGAAAGCGUAAUGGAAAACUGCAUAUCGAACGGACAACGACAAAGCCCAAUGUUUCCGGAUCUAUUUGACAAAGCAUUAAAGACUAAACGGUUUACAAACCGAAAGAAGGAUCUUCGGCUCUUGAUGCGGCUAUACCGUGAUAUCUUUUUGGAGGAGUUUUCCCAAGCUGAGGUCCUGCAUUACCCUGGAUUGCAUUGGGAUGACUCUCACUUGGUCCCUGUCUUUGAUAUCAUCCGUCUUGGCUUCACACCCAAACUACAAGAGUUGGACAUAGGGUACAAUUCACUGGGUCUGGAGGGAUGUUCUGCGCUUGCAAGGGCAAUACUCAGCGCCCCGGAGCUGAGAACUCUAGUAUUAGAUUACAACAAGAUCAACGACGACUUUUUUGAGUUCGACAAUCAAAAACUUUGCAAGGCAAUAGCAAAGCUGCAAGUGGUUAGUUUGAACGGCAACCGCAUAUCCAACAAGGCCGUGUCUUGUUUGGUGGCAGCCAUGAUGGUCCAUAACAACCCUCCCAACUUAGUGGAGAUCAGGCUGAGAAUGACAAAUGUGGACGACAAAGACCUUCUCACAAAAGUGAUUGAAUGUUGCCCAUCGCUCAGGCAGCUUGAUCUGUUCGGCACCUCGCUAGAGAAUGAAAUCAGGUGUCCUGGUGCCGUCCAAGAAAAUUAA